AUGGUGAGUUUGUGUGCAUUUUCAUGCUUUGGUGCCCCAGCAAAUCAUCAUCAUCAUCAUCAAGAUGGGUUGGUGAGAAAUGUAACGUUUUUGGAAGCACAGAGAAGUGGUAACCGAAGGAGUGUCACCCCAGUUAAAGUGCCGGUGAACCAAGCACAUUGUGCACCGAAGAGAAGCCAAUGCAAGAAAACCGUUGUUUUUCCCUCAAGAUUGUCAUCCUCAGCCAGCACUAAAACUGUGCCUGGCAGAACUUGCAAAGGAUACAGAGAGCACAGAGUUCUUGUCACUUUACAGGAUAGAAUUUCGACAAACCCUAAGAAUGACAAUGUUUCGUCGAGUUUGAAGGACACUGUAUUCCAGCUGUUACAUUCGUUCUAUCAGUUUUCUCGUCCUCAUACUGUGAUUGGCACUCUUAUAGGGAUAACAUCAGUUUCUCUUCUACCAGUAGAAACAAUAUCUGAACUGUCUCCCACAUUUUUUAUGGGAUUGCUGAAGGCAUUGGUGCCAUCGGUGUUGAUGAACAUUUACGUGGUGGGGUUGAAUCAAUUAUUUGAUGUUGAAAUAGACAAGGUAAACAAACCUUAUCUCCCACUUGCUUCUGGCGAUUUCUCAAUGGGAACUGGUGUCGCUAUUGUUUCGGCGUCUUUGUUGGCAAGUUUUGCAAUGGGAAUUAUGUUUGAAUCCCCACUACUACUUUCUGCCCUACUCAUAAGUUGUGUGCUCGGGAGUGUGUAUUCUAUAGAACUUCCUUUUCUCAGAUGGAAGAAGCACGCAUUUCUUGCUGCAACUUGCAUCAUGAUCGUGAGGGCUAUUGUCGUUCAACUCGCUUUCUUUGUACACAUGCAGAAAUUUGUUCUUGGCAAGACAACAGUUGUGACAAGAUCAUUGGUGUUUGCAACUGCUUUCAUGUGCUUCUUUUCUGCUGUCAUUGCCCUAUUCAAGGAUAUACCUGACGUUGAUGGAGACCGAGAUUAUGGCAUUCAAUCCUUCAGUGUCAGCUUAGGGCAAGAAAGAGUCUUUUGGCUCUGUGUUAACAUGCUGCUAAUAGCGUAUGGAGCUGCUGUGGUUGUAGGAGCUUCGUCUACAUUCCUACCAAGCAAGUUCAUCACAAUAUUAGGCCAUUGUACUCUAGCUUUCAUUCUGUGGCUUCGAGCACGAUCGGUCGAUCUUACCAGCAAAGAUUCCAUAACUUCCUUCUACAUGUUCAUCUGGAAGGCAAGUCAAAUCAUAUAG